AUGGAGGACGAUUUAAUCGAUUUGAAUAUCGAUUUAAAUCGUGCAAUAGAAGAAAAAUUGUAUAACUAUGACGAAAAUUUAGAGAAUCAUAGAGAAGUAUACGACGUUGAAGAUGAAGUUGAAGGCACAUCUCAGCAAGUUAUGGUUGCAAAUCAUUAUAUUGAAGAAGGUUCAAUAAUACAUUCAAUUGAUACAAACCACAACAUCUUUGAAAAUCCAAAUAAUGAGCAGGAACAAAACAUUGAUAAAGCAUUAGAUGGCAGUUUAAUUGGAGAAGAAAGGAAAACAACCGAUGAGAUUUAUGAUCUAUAUUGCAAACAUGAUGCUAUUAUUGGUUUUAGUGUACGAAAAGGGAAGAAUAGAUAUAAAGAAGGAACCACAAUAGUUAAUGGAAAAUACUUGUACUGCUCUGCUGCUGGAAUAAGAGACCCUCCUAAAAACAAAGAACUCAAAAAUGAAGAUGAUCAAUCAGAUGCAAAGAAGAUAGAAAGGAGAAAGAGAGUUAUGAUAACAAGAACAAAAUGUGAAGCUCAAAUAUUUGCAAAGAAGAAUGAAAAUGGAGAUUUUGAAAUAGAAAAGCAUGUAGUGGUACAUAAUCACCCAUUGACAAGAGAAAUAAGUAAUUAUCUCCACCGAUCGGAACGACAAAUGACAGAGCCUAAAAAAGAAGCUAUUGAGGCAAUGUCAGAAUGUGGUCUAAGACCAAUGGAGUCUUAUAGAUAUAUGUCAACAGAAACUGGUGGAGACGACUGUGUAGGUCAUACGAUGAUUGAUCAUCUAAACUACUGCUACAAGUUAAAAAUGAAGCAAAUUGAUGGCAAGGAUUCACAAAUAAUAGUGAACAAACUGUAUGACUUACAAUCAAUAGAUCCUGAGUUCUUUUUCAGAGUAAGACUCAAUGAUGAAGGAAAAGUUGAGUGUCUAUUUUGGACGGAUUCUAUGAUGAGAGAAGAUUACAAAAUAUAUGGAGAUGUUCUAGUUUUUUAUACUACAUUCAGAACCAAUAAAUACAAUCUCAUAUGUGCUCCAUUUGUUGGUAUCAAUAACCAUUGGAAAAACACAAUGUUUGCUUGUGCUUUCAUUGGGGAUGAAACCACAGAAUCUUUCGUUUGGGUGUUUGAAACUUUUCUGAAGGCUAUGGGAGGAAAGCACCCUAUAUCAAUUUCACUGAUCAAGAUGCAGCUAUUGCUGCUGGAAUAG